CUAGAAAUUAAGAAGCCACCGGUGGCCCCCAAGCCGAAAUUUGCUAUGGGACAGAAGGCGACACCUCCACCUGUUGCACCAAAGCCUGAUGUUGUUCUUUCUGGUGUUAUACAAGCAACAAGGAAAACUAAGCCAGCAAUUGCACCAAAACCAAAGGUCCUUAAGAGCUCGUCCACUACAGAAGCCAGACCUGCAUCGUCUCUGAGGAGGGGCACAAAAAGCUUGGAGGAGCACAGGGGAUAUUCUACUCAAACACUGGACCACUUGAACUGUAAAAAUGGAGCCUCAGAAGAGAGUACUGAUAACACAGCAUAUAUUCUACCAAUGUCACCUUGCAAAUUUGAAUGCCUUCAUAAGCUUGGAAAUGGGGAGAACACUUGUAAAACUCAGAUAGUUUUUGAACAUUUGGAAAACUUGGAGAACAUCAAAGUAGGUGAACAGACUGCGCUAGCUCUGGGCGAUGGUCACAGUGAAAAACUGGCAAGUAGAAACCAGGUAGUUUUGAAAGCCAGCAUCCUAGAAGAGAAGCUGAAAGAUGCUCCGAGUCAGAGUGUCUUCCCUACCAGCAGUCCUGUGAGACACAAGUGUGCAGACAAACUUAACGGAGGCAAUAGCACCAGUUCCAAGAACAAUGUUAAAAUAGAGCUUAUGGAACUUGUGCAGCCUUCCUCUUCUUUUGAGGAGGCUAAAGGGAAACAACAAAAUACAGACCAUAAGCUCAGCACUGUUGAGUCCGAGAUGUCUGAAACUUGCCCUAGUUUGAGUGAAAAUAACCACAGUUGCUCUUGUUCAUUGGACSAGGGACUCCUAGAAAGCAGGAAUUUAAGUAGCAGUUUUAUGGUUUCAGAAGAAACGAGUAUGAAAGCAGACAUAGAAAAGACUUUGCUUUCUUCUGAAACAUGUUUAGUAGUGAGUCCCAAAAUUGUUCCAAUUCCUAAGCCAAGAAAGCCACGCACUGCAAAUCUAGUCCGUCAGGAUGGCAUAGACACGGUCGGCGAAGGAACAAAGGAACUAUCUAGUUCAGAAAAUGAUUCCUCUGGGCUUUCUGAUCAAAGCUUUAAAAAGCCAGCAAAAAUUAACAUUCUUGAUCAGAGUGUUUCUUACAACAAUAAUACAGAAGUGCUUCCUCCUGAAAAAUCUGAGCUAACUCAAAACGUUGCAGAGAAAAUGGAUCAGGUGAAGGAACGUGCUGACACUGAGGAGUCAACAUCACAAAAUCUUUUGCUUCAGAUGUCACACAAAGCUUCUAGUUCAGAAGAAAACAUUGARUGCUCUUUGGAGAAAGACCUUAACUUAGUUAACUCUGUGGGUAAAACGACAGACGAUGCUAGUACUCUAGAUGCUGUGGAUAAAAGGACUAACUUUAUCAGAUGUGAUGCUUUGUCCAUGAGUUUGCCAAAGCAACUCAAAUUAAGCGGCAGUCAGCAAUCGCCUGCUUCCAGUAGCCUUCAUGUUUCCCCACAAAAAAUGGAAGAUAAAGAAGUUAAGGUAAAGGAUGAAAGUUCCCCCAAAAUUGUUCCUAAGAAGCCACAGAGGCAUAGCCUGCCAGCUGCUGGACUSCUGAAAAAGGCAGCGUCAGCAGAGCUUGUUGAAAAAAGCUCUUACCCCUGCGGUGAAGAUAAGAAACCCAGCAGCGUUCUGGAAGGAGCUCACCGCGUGCACACGCCAGCCAAAGAGCAAGGCCUGCUCUCUUCCUGUGACAUACCCAAGCGGUCUGCUGAAAAACCCGUCUGGAAGUUACCUCAUCCUAUUCUUCCAUUUUCAGGAAACUCUGAAUCAUUAAAAACUGCUAAUGUYGCUACAAGCUUCAACCAUGCGACUGUUGUGACCAAGCCAAGAGCCAAAUCUCUCUCUUCUGUGGACAUGGAAAGGACAGACAAACCUUGCAAGGACCCUCAGAAGAAAAACAGUUUGAAGAAGUUCCUCAAUAUGAAACUGUCAGUUUGCUUAAUGAAAAGUGACUUCCAUAGAUUUCUGUCUAAAGGCAGCCACUCAAUGGACAGUGCUGUUCCUAGCCAUUCCCCGGGGGAAGGGCAUGGAAACGGCAGCAGUCGGAAUAUAGCAUCCAUAAGCAGUGAAAGGAAGGGUAAAUCUGCAAAGGCACAUUCCCUGGAAAUAAGUAGUCCAGCCUUACAGAAGAAGAGGCAGAGAAACAGAAGUCAACCUGAGAUGCGAACUCAUCAAAGGAUGGAGUCUUUAGAAGGGCAGGUGCUUUCCGGAGAGCCUUUGUGCCAGACGCAUUUCACUACUUUGACAAGUACUUGUGCUCCGGAGUACGAGAAUGUGCGGCACUAUGAGGAGAUCCCGGAAUAUGAGAACCUGCCUUUUGCUCUGGCUGCUGGUAAAAAUCUGUAUUUUGAAUGGCAAAGCUCCAGCAGUGUGGAAGACCAAAGCUCUGGCAUGUAUGGGAUGGAUGAGCAUUGUGAAGCUACAAGCAGGUGUCCGAGGCAUGGCAGGACAUCAGAAGAGCACCAUGAUCAUCCUGGUGUGGUGAUGGGAGAUCUUCAGUCAGAUGAAGAGGAUAUCAUGAAUAGUUCUGAUGAAGAUGAUGACACAAAUUCUGAUUCCAGCAAAGGGGAGCUGGAUCCUCAGGAAGAUAAACAGAAUAAGGCAGCUGGGAAGAAGACAAAAGUUUACCAUAUUGCCAAGGARAUCAUGAGCUCAGAGAAAGUGUUUGUGGACGUGCUAAAGCUCUUACACAUUGAUUUCCGGGACGCAGUGGCACAUGCCUCCAGGCAGCUUGGAAAGCCGGUGAUUGAGGACAGAAUCCUGAAUCAGAUCCUGUACUACCUACCUCAGCUGUAUGAGCUCAAUCGGGACCUCCUGAGGGAACUGGAAGAGCGGUUGUCUCACUGGCUUGACCAUCAAAGAAUUGCUGAUAUAUUUGUAAAGAAAGGUCCCUACUUAAAGAUGUACUCAACUUACAUCAAAGAAUUUGAUAAAAAUGUGGCACUGUUAGAUGAACAAUGUAAGAAGAAUGCAGGUUUUGCUUCAGUGGUGAAAGACUUUGAGAUGAGCCCUCGCUGUGCUAGUCUCGCGCUCAAGCACUAUUUGCUCAAGCCCGUUCAGAGGAUUCCCCAGUACAGGCUCCUUUUGACAGAUUACUUAAAGAAUCUUUUAGAAGAAUCUGCAGACUAUAGGGAUACUCAAGAUGCUCUGGCUGUUGUCAUAGAAGUUGCAAACCAUGCCAAUGAUAUCAUGAAACAGGGGGACAACUUUCAGAAGCUCAUGCAGAUUCAGUACAGUUUAAAUGGACACCAUGAGAUUGUGCAGCCAGGACGGGUCUUUCUGAAAGAAGGAACGUUGAUGAAGCUGUCCCGGAAGGUCAUGCAGCCACGUAUGUUUUUUCUGUUUAAUGAUGCCCUGUUGUAUACUACUCCAGUUCAGUCAGGGAUGUAUAAACUCAACAACAUGCUCUCACUGGCUGGCAUGAAGGUUAAAAAACCAACUCAGGAAGCCUAUCAGAACGAACUGAACAUAGAAAGUGUAGAGAGAUCUUUCAUUCUUUCAGCAAGUUCUGCUACGGAAAGAGACGAGUGGUUAGAAGCCAUCUCCAGGUCAAUUGAAGAAUACACAAAAAAGAGAAUCACAUUUAAUCCUAGUAGAAGUCUUGAAGAGGCGGAUCCAGAGAAACGGGAGGAAAAUAGUCCAUUAGGAUCAAAGGCUCCUAUCUGGAUUCCUGAUACUAGAGCCACUAUGUGUAUGAUCUGUACUAGUGAAUUCACCUUGACGUGGAGGAGACAUCACUGCAGGGCGUGCGGAAAGAUUGUCUGUCAAGCUUGUUCAUCAAACAAACAUGGCUUAGACUAUAUGAAAAACCAGCCAGCAAGAGUAUGUGAUCAUUGCUUCAGAGAAUUACAGAAACAAGAUAACCAGUAUACUCCCAAGAGUGGCUCUCCAGUCAACCAUAAAUCUCCAUCCAGUGCCUUGUCUACAGUGUUGCACAGUAUCCCAUCAGGAAGAAAGCAGAAAAAAAUUCCUGCAGCUCUCAAAGAAGUUUCAGCAAACACRGAAGACUCUACAAUGAGCGGCUACUUGCACAGAUCUAAGGGCAGCAAGAAACCUUGGAAGCACCUCUGGUUUGUUAUAAAAAAUAAGGUGCUCUACACAUACGCUGCGAGUGAGGACGUGGCAGCAUUAGAGAGCCAGCCUUUACUGGGAUUCACAGUCAGUGAAGUGAAAGAUGAAAACUCAGAGUCUAGAGUAUUCCAAUUACUGCACAAAAACACUUUAUUUUACAUAUUCAAGGCAGAUGAUCCUCAUUCGGCUCAAAAGUGGAUAGAAGCUUUCCAAGAAGGCACCAUAUUAUAAUGGARUCAGCUGCGUGUCUGCAAAUCUAAAUCAAAAUGUCUGAAGAUGAUGGAAAACACACAGAGUGCAGCACCAUUGUUCAAAGAAAUGGAAUCCUGCCAUAUCAGCCUACACAAAAUUGUAUAUUUGUCAGAAUUAGGAAUUGUUGCUUUUUUUUAGUGCAAGGUAAUAUUUUUUAAAGAAUUGUGUGUAUUUCUGUGUUGAUACAAAAUGUGUUAUUUAUUAAAUUCCAAUGUUUACUUUAAUGGUCAUAAUUAUUUGUAAGGUCUGCAUUGAAGCCCCAAAUGCCCAUGUCUUCAGAAUGGAAAGUAGUUGGUCAAAAUAUUCUUGGAUUUUUUUAUUUUAGGAAAAAAGGACAAACUUUAUUGCAAUUAUAUAUUACUUCAUAUUUCUUAGUUUCUUGAAUUGCUGAUACUUGCUUUGCAGUUUAGCAAGAACAGAUCAGAUCAGGAAUUUUCAAGGAGAUUUUUCGACCUUUGUUGGUUGGGUAAAUUCCUUUGUGGGAAGCUGUAGUGCUGCUGCUCUUCUUCAAUGGCAGCUCAAGCCCUGUACAGCAUCCUAGUACAACAAGUGUGUGUCACAGAAGGUCUUGUAAAAUACAGUCCAAUUUUUUAAGAAGAGGAAAGGGAAAAUUAUUUUAAAACAGACUUUGCAAUUACUGAACUAAUGCACUAGAGUUUUACAAUAUUACAGGAACCAAAGAGACUAAAUUUAUUAUCUUUUAAAAAAAGAUCAGGAUAUA